CCUGUUUUGUCCUAGUGUCAAAAAAUAAUGGAUAACUUAAAAAUGCGGAUAUUUUUUGUAUGAAAGACAUGAUUUCAGGUAUUGAAAGCAGAUUCUUUGAAGGACCUGAGAACAAGGGCAAAAACCCCAAGUAUUCUCUGAACGAUCUUGAUAAUGAAAACUUCAGAACUGUUGGUGAAAUAAUUGCAGUCAGCCUCGCCCAAGGAGGCCCAUCUCCUGCCUUUUUCAAAGAAUGGUGCUACAAUUUCCUCUGCUCAGGAGAGGUUGAUUUCAGCUGUCUGUCUAAGGAGGAUGUUGCAGAUGUGGAAUCUUCCCUGCUCAUCAGCAAAGUUGAAGAUGCAGCAGACAUACAGUCUCUGAUGUUGUGGGCUGAUGAAAUUGUCACCUGUGGAUACACAAACCAGAUAAAGAUGGAUAGUAAGGAAAGCAUGAUACGUGCCAUUGUCUUACACUCUACAACAAGACUGAUUCCAAUGCUACAGCAGCUCAGAAAGGGCAUGGAACUGUAUGGUCUUGUGAACCUGAUGGCUGUAAAUCCUGAAGCUUGCCACAGUUUGUUUGUGCCUGGGAAAAUCCUCAAACCAGACGCUGAUUUCAUUAUGAUGAGCUGCCAACCACAUUUCAGUGAAAAGGGGACAUCUAGGGAGAGAACUGAGAGGAAGAUCAUAAAUUUUUUGCAAGAUUUCUUGCAGGAGAUUGAAGCAUCAGAAAAGACUUCAGAAACAUUUUCAAACAUCACAGAUGGAAACACAGACGGUGCAGGUGGUGAAAAAUCAGAGUCUCUUGCUGUCCAGCAUGUGGUCCAGUGGAUGACCGGCCAGUCCCAUGUUCCCAUCCUUCCUGAUGAAAAGAGACAUUUCAAAAUAACAUGCAAGUUUGACCACGAAUGUAAGGAGCGGCUGGGAGAUCACUCAAUUUGUUACCCAGUUGUGAGUGCAUGCACUUGUACUGUGACUUUUCCAGUGCAGCAUCUGGACACGUACACAAUGUUUAAAACCAUAAUGAGUGCAGCAGUUAGAUAUGGUGGUGGAUUCCACAGAGUUUAACACAUUGUUGUCUUGUAAUUUGGAAACUAAAUGAGUAAAAAUGUUUCUAAACAUUAGCUGUUAAGAUGUUCGUAGCUGUUUCAUGAAAAUGAUAAGACUUCAAAACUUUGUGUAGGGU